GGGUUUCCAUGGUUACAAAUAACAUUUAUUGGAUAUAGAAGAUCCCAACUUCCUUGACAGUUCCAGUAUCCGCCCACUGUCAACACAGAGAUCCGCCGGAGUCUCCACCUGAAUCCAGGAAAGCUCUUCAGACUGAAGGCGCCCAGGUGUUGCGCUACUAUACUCUACUUGGAAACGAAAAAAAACUAAAAAAAAAAAACUGCGAGCCACACUAGACUGGAAGCUUUGUUUAAUCGGGUAACUAUGCAGGGUAAAGGCACUUUUAUCAGCCCCUUUCACAGACCGCGGUGUGUGGCGGCAGCGGCACCGGCUGGGAAAGCGAAAUUAACUCAUCCGGGAAAAGCGAUUCUGGCAGGUGGAAUCGCAGGUGGCAUAGAGAUCUGCAUCACCUUUCCCACAGAGUAUGUCAAGACCCAGUUACAGCUGGAUGAGAAGGCCAAUCCACCAAAAUAUAGAGGAAUAGGUGACUGUGUGAAACAGACAGUACAGAGUCACGGUAUCAAAGGACUGUACAGAGGUCUCAGCUCUCUGCUGUAUGGAUCCAUACCCAAAUCUGCUGUCAGGUUUGGGGUGUUUGAGUUCCUCAGUAACCAUGCCAAGGAUGAGUCCGGUCGACUGGAGAGCACCAAAGGCCUGCUGUGUGGGCUUGGAGCUGGGGUCAUGGAGGCUGUUCUGGUGGUCUGCCCAAUGGAAACAGUCAAGGUUAAAUUCAUUCAUGACCAGACAUCAGCCAACCCCAAAUAUAAGGGAUUCUUCCACGGAGUCAGAGAGAUAAUCAGAGCUCAAGGAUUAAGAGGGACAUAUCAGGGUCUAACUGCAACAGUCUUGAAGCAAGGCUCCAACCAGGCUAUUCGAUUUUUCGUGAUGACUUCUCUCAAGAACUGGUACAAAGGUGAUAACCCCAACAAAGCAAUAAAUCCACUGGUGACUGGACUCUUUGGAGCCAUAGCAGGAGCAGCCAGUGUAUUUGGAAACACUCCACUAGAUGUCAUCAAGACAAGGAUGCAGGGUCUAGAAGCACAUAAAUAUAAAAGCACGCUGGACUGUGCCAUGAAGAUCUUGAGAUAUGAAGGGUUGGCAGCGUUCUAUAAAGGAACAGUUCCCCGGCUUGGGCGUGUAUGUCUUGAUGUUGCCAUAGUUUUCAUCAUCUAUGAGGAGGUCGUAAAGGUUCUGAAUAUGGUCUGGAAGACAGAAUAGGUGGUUGGACAUAUGACGAAGGUGGCAACUUCCUCCUUCACAAGCAUCAGACAUAGAUCUGACUUCAGCAGGCCUCUUUUGUGUCAUGAAACCAACAGCAGAAGGGGUGAAAAAGAGAGCUGAACUUAGAUUAGUGUUGUAUGCAGAGCAGGAAGUCAAUAUACUCAGAGACAAAAGAAGAAAAGGGGGCCUGGCGUCACCUACACCUGGUGUAAGUGAUGCUCAGCAUCAACAUUCCCUGUCAAGAUUGAAGAAAAAGAAAGAUAAAUUAUAAUUAAAUAAUAAUAAAAAAGAACCUUUAUCCUAAAGAUGCAUCACCAGUUUAUAAAUAUAUAUAAAAAUACUGUGGCCAAUAGCAUCGCCAGCAGCAGCACCUUUAUUUUAAGUUAUCUGGUUUACUUUCUCUGUAAGCCUCUGUCAGGGAAGAGCAUUAUUUGUAGUCAUUCACAGCUGUUUUACUGCAAAUAUGCAGGUGUCCUGCUGGAUUUUCUUGAGUUUGCAUUGCUCUCUGUCUCUUCUAAAAGUCCAGAGGAGCCAGAGUGCAACUGGUUGCAGUUUGCAGUCACACAAGCUGCAGCAACUUCCAUAGUUAGGCCUUAAAUAAAUUUGGUUUAUAACCUGCCAUGUAUUUUUAUACAGUGUAGAUUCAAUUUAGUUUAUUGAUAACUUACAGAAUAUUAUAUAUUUUAAUUCCUGUGCCAAAUGUCAAACCGAUUGUGUUAUGAAAGUCUGUUCAGAAGAAAGCAAAAGUAACCUAAUUAUCUUAAGAGAAUAGUAAAUAUUAUGACUAUGUACUGUGAGAUACAUAAUUUUUGAAAGUGAAAUAUUAAAUAGAGAAUUAAGAGAAUAUUUGCUGUUAAUCUGUGCCACACUGUUGUUGUUUUUUUUUUUUUCUUUAUCGGGUGUAUAAAUGAUUUUUUUAAGAUGUGGGAAUUAUUUAGUUGCUUUGUAUAUCACUGUGAGUCUACAAGACACAAUGAGUCGUUUAGACAAAGUAACAUCAGGCUUCUAUUUUGCUUUUAGUGGAAACAACACCUCUCACUGGGUCAUAUUUUACCGUCCUGACUCCACCCAGUGUGGAUUUUUGUUCUGUUUACAUUAGAUACAGUUUUACUCCCCCCCACUAUUUCUGCUAAAUACACUGCUUGGCCAAAUAAAAAAAAAAAUUACAAAUUCUAAUAUUUUAUUGGACCGGCUUUAGCUUUGAUAACAGCAUGCAAUCAUCAGGGCAUGGUUUUGAUAAACUUAUGGAAUAUCACAGCAUUUAUUUCUAUCCAGGGUUGGUUUAAUUUUUUAUUUUUUUUUUGCCAGGAUCUUGUAUCGAUGAUAGUAGUGUCAGGCCACUGUGACCAUCACAAAGAUUCUCAAUGAGUCUGCGGCCAAUUCAUGUGUGAAAACGAUGAUUUGUGUUCCCUGACCUGCUCUUUCACAAUAUGAGCCUGACAAAUCCUGGCA